UCCCCCUUUUCGGUCGCCGCCCCUGUCAAAGACCUCGGUCUUCCUACUCCGACCGCUGCCCUCGGGCUUUUACUCGCCGGACACUUUGUUCUUUUUCCUUCUGUCUCAAUGGGAGACGAUGAUACCAACUCACCAAAAUCCUCAACCGCUGAUGUUGACCCACAAAAAACCUCGAACCCCCCAACUCCCUUACACCCCGUGUAUUCCGUCAACAACAUUCAACAGAAGAUUCGAACUCUUGACGGGGAAAAGGUCUCCUACUCGUCCUGGGUUAACCUCUUUCAUCUCCACGCUACUGCUUACCGUGUCUUCGAUCACAUCGAUGACACCCCCCAACCCGCUGAUAAUGACCCAUCCCUAGCUUCCUGGAAGGAGAUCGAUGUCGUGGUUCUUCAAUGGAUUUACGGCACGUUAACAGACGAUCUCCUUCUCAAGGUCCUUCAGCCCGGAUCCACGGCUCGUCAGGCUUGGCUCCGGCUCGAAAACCAUUUUCUCAACAAUAAAGACUCCCGGGCUGCCACUCUUGAAGAAGAUUUCACCAACCUUACUCUUCAAUCCUGCUCUUCCCUUGAAGCCUACUUUCAGCGAUUGAAGGAGAUAGCUGACCAACUGGCCGCCGUUGACUGCCCGGUGCCUGAAAAACGGCUUGUGUUGAAACUGGUCCGUGGGCUACCCCCGGAAUUUGAUAUGACCGGGGCCCUCAUUGUUCAGCGACUGCCCUCCUGGGCCGAUGCGUGUGAUAUGCUUCUCCGGGAACAAAGCCGUCAACGUGCUCGUGCUGCUGUCUCUCCUCCCGUCGUGGCUGCCGCCGUCGAUUCAGCACCCCCUGCUCCUCCCCGGUCUGACCCCCGUGACACUCGGGAGCCCCGUGAUCGCGACAACCGUAACCGGCGGGGCGGCUCUUAUCGUCGUGGCCAAACAAGAGGCAGAGGACAAUACUCGUAUCAAACCCGCAACCAGCCGGCUCCUUCUUUUCCAGCACCAGGUCCGUUUGGUUAUUAUGGCUCCCCACAGUGGAUGGUGCCACCUUGUCCCUUUCCUACCCAAGGAUCUUGGAUAAACCCUUGGUCCUACCCUACCCCACCACCUGCUAACACCCAGCAACAACAUCAGUCCACACAACAGCAGCCGCCCUCCUCGGCCCAGGCCCACAUCACCGAACUGGACCCUAUGCAGCCCACAGACUUGGCCCAAGCCUUUGCGGCUUUCGGAAUCACGCAGCCGCAGGACCUUUGGAAUAUGGACACGGGGGCCACUUCUCAUAUCACGCCAGAGCACGGAUCUCAAGGAUGGUAUGCUCCUGAGCCGCCACAAUAGCUCUGGCGAUCUAUACCCUUUCACUACCAAUGAAUCCGCUGCUGCGUUUGUUGCUACCGCCUCUUCUACAUUU